AGGGAUGAAGGGAUUUGCAUUUUUGGUGCCAUGGAGCCAAGGCCAAGAUUGGGAAAAUCUGCUUCACUGGGAAGCCUUCCAACUGCUGGGAAGGCUGUGACCAAACGUGGUAUUCGAUUAGAGGACCUUUGCAGACCACCCCGAGUUGGGCGAGGAAGUGUCAAGACAACCGGACGUGCUUUCCACAAACCUUUUGAGGUGGCGUACCGGGAGAUUGCAGAGCUUCGAAACUUCAGGCGGUUAGAGAACCUCUUCAUCGAAGCAGAUUCCGAUCGCUCUGGAGAGAUGAGUCUGGAUGAGUUUCGGAAUGCUUUGCGGAAGCCGUGGGUCCAGAGGUCCUUCUCCUUGCUGGGCGUCCAACCGCACCAAGCAGAGGUCGUUUUCAAGAAGAUGAACCGGGCGAAUGCAGAGGAGAUCAGCAUCUCCGACUUCAUGCAGGGCUUGGAGAGCAUUCUCGGAACCGAUUUGGAUGGACCACCAAGGGACUUGGAUGUCUCAUCGUUGAGCUUUCGCCUGAAGGCCAAGAGGAGGGAAGACUCCACUCAAGGAGAAGGAGCACAUGGUGAAUCGACUGAGACACUCCCGGGAGGCCAAUCCUCCACCGAUUUGCACAGCACCCUAGGUUCCAAAGACCAGAAGCACAUCUCUGCUGCCAUGGCCGUUUUGUCUCCAACCUCCGUGGCGAAGAGGGAGAAGAAGGAGCUCCGACGCCGAGGAUCAAGUCAACAGGCAGAUGGCUUUGGAAGCUUUCACACCCAGGAUGCUGGGUCACCCAACAGUGCGGCAAGGACGCAGGGCCCCUAUGGGACUAGCUGAGAGGCCAAGCUCGAUCGAUCAUCGCAGUGAACACCAAAUCGGGGAGCUGGGGGGAGUUGUCGACGAGCUUGGUUUCUGCGAUGAUGCCGGACAUUGGUGGCAAUAGGCUGUCCGAAGGCAGGACGGCGACUUUUUAAACAUUUUGAGCUCUCAGAGGUGCUUGAAGGGCUCAGUUGUGGAUCAGAAUCUUUGCUGACGGUGUCACCAAAGCUGCCAAAGGCAACUUGUACACAAGACAACAUGUAAACAAAUAUCAACAGUACCAAAAAACGGAAUGAACCCAAAGGCUGACCGAGCGCCCCGGUGCUCCGCUC